AAUAAAAUUCACAUGGCUUAAAUAUACAGAAGCAUGUUUUUCAAACACACGUGUCAGAAAUAGAAGUCUUUUACAUUUAGGAAAUUCCCAUUUAUACACUGAACAUAAAAUAUAUAUAGGAACACGUUUUACAUUCAUUUAGGCUUAAUUAGCACAGAACACAGCUCCAAAGAUGAACAGGCGAAAUUUAUAUGGUUACUUAUUGAUAAGCUUAUUGAUAUUCAAUAUACCUGAACUGGUUUCUCAACUGAUGUCAGCUGCCACAAAUGGCUCUACGAUAAAUAUGGGCGUCCAUCACCUCUUUGAAAAUAAAGCACAUUUCUUCUUUACGAGUCCCCAAUCAAAUGGCACUAUAGCAAAAGCAAAGGUUACCCAACCAGCCUCUACGACAGGGCAAACCGAGGACUCCAUUCAAAUGUCAAAGCUAACCAAGGAUAAUCGUGGCCAUUGGGUAUAUAAUCCCUGGCCCGUUACAUUCGGUAAUCGAAUUCUGGACACCAGAUUCACCAAGAGUCUGCCCUAUGUCCACAUCAAUGUCGCCUCAAAUCCCAAACGCUUGUAUGAUCCCAGAGGCAAACUAAGCACCGUUUGCAUGGGCUCCACCAUUCCGCAUGGAAAUUUCAAGGUGGUGCGAUGGGGAGAUCGACACAUCUACAAGCACAAGCAGACGAGUCAAGCUUUCUACUUGAAACUGCGGCGAGACAUUUACAUCAAGGGCAAGUCAGAGAUGUGCCACAACAAGAAGUAUAACAAGUGGAUGGAUUAUCAGGAAUGCGCACUGAAGCGCAAUCAGCGCCUAGAAUCGUUUAUACCGAAAUAUCCCUACCAUCAAAUGAUCAAGGAAAAGAGUUAAGAGAGGGAAUAGAGAAUAGAUGGAAAAUCGUAUUUAUUAGAAUGUUACGUGUUUUUUUUAAACUAUAUUAAAAUGCUUACUUCAAAGUCAA